GAUUGGCCGGCCGUGCCGCCAUUUGGAGGCGCCACAACAGGGCGGAGGUAGGAAGGCGGUUAAAGUGCCUGUAUUGGCAGUAUCGAAAACGCCUCUGUAGUGGAUGGGAAGGGUGACGUUUUCAGAGUUGAUCUAUUCAGCCUUAUGGAUCUAAUUUCCCCUGUAUCUCACAAUCAAAGAGCUGUUCUGGAAAAGAUGGUGCCCUUCAGCUUUCCUCCAUCAAAAUAUGCACUUUGGAAUCCAUCUCCUAUUGGAGAAAGUUCUAUAUCUCACUUGACUUAUUAUAGAAACCCUAAGUUAAACAUGACUGAGAAAACACUACGACUUGCCCAUCGUCAUGCUAAACAAAGUCGAAGAAACCUCUUCACCUGUUUUCUAGUUGGAACUCUUGAGACAGAUGAAGAUGGUGAAGGCAUAUUACUAACAAUAGACCGUUUUGAUCCGGGUCGUCAAGUAGCUGGUGGUUUGGAGAAAAUACCUACAGCUCCUCUUCCUGGAGAUUUUUUGAUUCCAUGUACAAUUAAUUUUGGAUCUUCCUCAGGUGAUGUCACAGUGCACAGUUCUCAAGAUUUCAGCUUGGCUUUCAAGGUCCUUCAACAAAAUCUAAACACCCAAGAUUGUUUGGAUCCUUCCAAAUUGCUGACAUUGAGAGUUCACAUCUCUUCAGUAGAGAAUAUGGACAACCUAAAUUUUGAAUUUCACUGGGCAGCUGUAACAUUGGCUAAUGCCCUGAAAUGCACUCCUGUGAAGUCUGUUCCAAUAAUUCCUACAGCUCUUGCUAGAAACCUAAGCAGCCACUUGAAUAUUGCCCAAGUUCAGGGGACUUGCAAGUGUGGUUAUCUUACAAUGGACCAGACAAGGAAAUUACUUCUAGUUCUGGAAUCUGACCCUAAAGCAUAUACUUUGCCACUGGUAGGCAUUUGGCUGAGUGGGAUAUCUCAUAUCUAUAGUCCACAAGUCUGGGCGUUCUGUCUGCGCUACUUAUUUAGCAAUUCAAUUCAAGAGAGGGUGUCUUCAGAAUCAGGUAGUUUUCUCAUUGUGCUUUAUUCUCUGAAGCAUAAUGGUCCAGAAUUCUAUGAAUGCUUCCCUUGUGGUGGAUGUACUGAACUAGGUUUCCAGCUACUUACAAGCAAGGAGACAUUACAUCUGUUCAAAAAUGUUGAGCCUUCAGGUAAAUGUCCUAUCCAGUUUGAACUGAGUUCAGAAAAUAAACAUGCAGAAAUGGAAUUCUUCAGCAAAAUUUUGAAAAAUGUUUCCAUUAGCAGCUUGUCUCAAAGUACUUCUCCCAAUAAACUGUCUGAUCAUGACUCUGGUGUGGAAGAUGAUACAUCUCCAAGACUAUUUCCCAGUCCUUACCCAGUGUGUCAACAGAUAACAGAGAUCCAGCCUUCAGUACCUGAACUAUCAAUUGUAUUUGAUGGUGGUCCUACAGAAUUGGUUCCAAAACAUGUCAUGAUCACAGAUAAAAAAAAUAAACCUCCAUUUGGAUAUCAACCUGCUAAGAUUACAUGUCCUGCAAAGCAUCCCCCAUGCCAACUCCAGAAUUCUGAUUGUGGCAAACACACAUUUAGUGGCUUUGCCAGAGAAUCUUUUCCAAAGGAAUUACCAAGGCAGUUAAAACAGAAAAUUCCAAUUUUAAAGCCUUGCAAAAGAAUCCAACCUCCAUUACAACAGCAGCCCAAUGCAGUCGGAUUUCAAGCAAGGAAGAAUUUUGAAUCUACUUCAUCCUCUUCUUCAGCAUCUCCCAACACAUCUCCUCAUCAACUUGGAAAACCUGAAACGUAUUUGGGAGGUGGUGAUGCUGCACAAAGGAAAGGGCAGCUUCCAAUUAGUGGACCCACAGAAUCUAAAUCUAAGCAGUCUCCUGUACCUUCCCAUUCCCCCUGUCACAGCUGUGGGCAGUUACCUCCACAUGUGAGAAGCCCAGUGGAGCAUCAGAUUCCAAUUCAGCAUCCACAUUGUUGUCCUCCCUGUGUCUGCAGUUGUCAGCUACACAACCAUAUGCAAUACACUCCAACAAAUGCUUGGCAAGGAGUCUAUAAAAUGGGUUCCAGUCACACACCUGAAAUUCAGUCAGGUAGCACCCAAGAAACUACAGAGUUAAUUGUCCAUCAAAACAUGGAAUGUACUGAUUCUGGCUGCAAUCUAGUAUCUGCCAGUAGUAGCCCUAUGAACCUAGGCCAUUAUGGAAUAAUGGGGAACUGGUCUCCUUGUAGCGAUAAUUUGGCAGCUACACGUAAUAUUUCUUCUUCUGAGGACUCUUGGAAUGCACAGUCUCAUGCAGUAUGUUCAAAAAUGAGAUCAGAUAAUGAAAUGAUGGGGUUAUCAUCAGAUGUUUACCGAAUUCUUACUGAACAAGACAGGCAGAUCAAGCUGCUACAAGCUCAGAUCCAGCGGCUUUUAGAAGCACAGACGCUUCAGUCCUGUUCCACUAUAGCAAGCAAUAGUUUACAGUCUAAGGAGCAGCUAGAAUUUGUUGCCAUGGAAACCCAAUCCUCCCCAGUGUUGCACAUGAAAAAAAGUGUCAGCAUUGCAGUGAGCACAGGUGCUAGCUUGUACUUGAAUGCCCCUUUGGAAAGAAACAAAGAUUCUGUGAUGCAGGAUGAUGGUGAAAUUUCCAAUGAAGAUAUUAAUAUUUCUAUGAACACAGAAAAAGACAAGAGUCAAACAAGCAUUGCCUCGUCAUUAAAAGUUGUUGAUAUACCCAGCUUUGUAGAUAGUGUCCAUAUUGUUGAAGAAGGGCCUAGUCAGCAUUCUGUUGAGCUUCGUGGGCCAGCUGCUACAGGGAUAGCCCAAACCUCUCUACUGAAUGAAAGUGUUAGCAUGUGCUUACAAUCCAGACCAUCAGAGGGAACUGAUAAUCAUUUGGCAGCAAUUAAUGAACAAAACAUUGAAAAAGUCAUGAAUACCUUACCAAAUGUCCCACUAGAUGACCAGAAAUUUUACCAGGAUAUACUGGGUCAAGUAAAUCAUUUCUUGAAGGCAUCUUCUGAAGUAAGCAGUUCCUCUGUAAAAGAGGGGGUGAUCAGCAAUGAAUGCAGCACUUCUUCAAAAUCAAACAACCCUAAAAGAGAUUCAACACCUGACCCUGUCCCGAAAAAUAAAGACAGUGUUUUGAAUGCAACCUUGAAGCAGUUAAAAAAACUUGGAGUAAAUUUUGACUGUCCUAAUCAAAUCAACACUGCUCACAAAGUAGAGAAUGCUAGUAUAAUGACCUGUAUUCAUCCUGAAGCAGUAAUUCCAGGGCUAAACUACUUUUCAUUUGCUAAUGUUGGCACGAGUGGCUUAACUCCCAAUGGUGUAGAUCUGAGUAUGGAGGCAAAUGCUAUUGCUCUCAAAUAUUUAAGUGAAAAUCAACUGUCACAACUUUCUCUGAGUCGUUCAAGUCAAAAGGAUUCUUUGACUUCGUCUUUACAGACUCUCCUGCACACUAAUACAGACAAGACCUUUGUGGGUUUUGGCUUAAUUUCCCCAAGCAAUAUGUCUUUUGCAACCAGAAAGUACAUGAAGAAAUAUGGGCUCUUACAAAGCUGUGAUAAUAGUGAUGAUGAUGAACAGCUGACUGAUUAUUACAGAAGAGAAGAAACCUUAAAUCCUGUCCUACAGCUGGAUUUCAGCCCUGCGAUAGAUGGCUUAGCCUGCUGGAAAGACCCUUCUGAAAGAAUUGGCAGAAAAGAAGUUCCUCUUAAUCUCAUACACCAUGGCAGUGAACAUUGUAGUAGUGAUGCGUCAAACUCAGAAGGCCCCAUAUUAAGAAAUGUUACUAAUGCAGUCCUUCCACUCAGAAUUCUUCAUCAGUCAAAUGAAAGUUCAGAUCCAGUUUUAAAAGACUUAAAGCCAAAAAUGAAACUUGUAUCUGGAAAAGCAGAGUUUACACAACAUCCUGACAAAGAGAAUCUUAAUGUUCAGAUUGUACCUGAAACACCACAAACACCUACUGUUGAUUACUUAAAUCAAGCAGACAACAUGAAUUCAGUGGGUACUUUUCUUGAUGUACAGCAGCUCAGACAGUUGCCAAAAUUAUUGUGAUCUUUGUUUUAUUGCUGUCUGCAGGACUUUUCAGUAUCAGUUUUGUCAGUUCAAGAGCAUCUGUUGGCUAAAGAUCUCUGAGGGAUGUUCUGGUGAAGGCUUGCCAUUUCAUCUUGGCCAAUCUAGUUGCCUUGUACGAUAUUAGCUGUUACAUGAGAGACAUGUUUACACCUCUGACGUAUUUCAGGUAUCUUGCCCUAAUGUGAACAUGGCUUGUGUGAUGUGAUGUAUGGUGGCUUCAUGAGUUUUAAAAGGGGACAGGGUGCAACAAUUAGUGUUGAAGCAGACAAUGAGUGUUUGUUAUUCGGUUGAUCUUUUUGGAUUCACCUAAGCAUUAGUAUAAUGCACUUCAUUUUAUAGCUCUGAUUUUUUAAAGAAUUUAAAAUAAAAUGAGGAAGUGGCUUUCAAUUUCAAAUCAUGAAGCAAAACCAGCUCAGCAAAUAUCACCCAUCUCUUGGGUUUUGAAUUUGUAUCAAAUAUAAGGAACAAAUAUUUCAUACAUUGUUGGUCUGUUCAAUUGGAUUGUCCAAAUAAAAUGUACUAUAAUCUUUUCAUAUAUAAACUUAUUAAA